CAUUUUACAGCGCACUUUACCAGUCACAGUCCGGUUCAUCCACGUAAGGGAACUUCAAUCACAUUUGCAGCACAGGCGUCUAAAGAAAAUGAAGAUCUUGGAAGUUCUUGUUGUCGCCAUCGGUGUGGCUGUUGUUCGAUCAGCUCCCUACCCACGCCAGGGAUACGGACAACAACAAAGCUACCAACCGCAGGGCUACCAGCAGCCAACCUACCCACCGCCAACCUACCCGCCGUCAACCUACCCGCCAUCUACCUACCCGCCGUCAACCUACCCGCCAUCUACCUACCCACCGUCUACCUACCCAUCGCCAACCUAUCCACCGUCUACCUACCCACCGCCGGUGUACCAUCCACCUGCUUACCAGUGCAGCCAUGAAUACUUCCAGUGUCCACCCCUGAACAGCGUGUACCGCGUGGACCACUACGGCAAGCACACUAAGGUCUACGCUCCCAACCGUUUCUACUACGAGCACAGCGACCCACGCUGCUACAUCCAGUGUGAUGAAGCUGGUAACGCCUUCUCCAGACCUUGUCCUUACGGCCAGGUGUACAAUAGAUACCUGACUGACUACAACAACGUUAAUGUCUGCGUUCCAGACGGCAGUGGUGUUCACUAAGUUGACGGUGUGAAAUCCCUUGUUAUCCAAUUCGAAGACAGACAGAGAUCUUUUGCUGGUUUAAUGACGCACUCAGUGGCUCGUUACUGCGAACAAAGCCUGACUCGAAUUGCAUGACUGAAAUUUAAAUCAUUAAGUGCCCCACUGAGGGCAUCAAAAAUUACUCUUUAUGCUCUUACUCGCUUUGCGCCUAAGAUACUACCUAAGGCAGCUCCCACAUCGUAUCUUUUAUGAUUGAGAGUCAACAUAACUUGUAGUUAUGCUACAAGAAUGCUUCACAAAGAAGAAUGCUACGGACUAUGUUACUGUAAUAAUUUGGAUACAGUGCUUUUGCCAGAACAGCUUCAUUGCAUUGUAGAUUUUACAUGAGAGCAAUAAAAUAUUUGCAACAGA